CUUGAAAAGGCAGUGCUGCAACAACGGUUACGCGAAUCUCAAGAAGAAGCUCGUAAAUAUCAAAAUGAAUGCAACCUUUUAUGUGAUGCUUGGCAAGUAGAUGAAAAGGAAGUUGUGAUUACAGAUGAAGAGUUAGGUCGAGGGUCAUAUGGUGUUGUCAUGGUUGGAAUAUUUCGAGGGUUAAAAGUAGCAGUUAAGUACCUUCACCCGGUGAUAGCCUCAUACUACAAUGAAGAGCGUUUCAUAAGAGAAAUGAAAAUGGCAUCACUACUGCGCCAUCCUAAUCUAGUCCAGUUUAUUGGUGCAACGUUAGGAGACAAUCCUCUCAUUUUGACAGAGCGCAUGACCACUAGCCUAUAUUAUGAAAAGAAAAAUGUUCAACUUGCAAGACCGUCUAUUCUCAGCAUUGCUAUACAGGUAGCUUUAGGCCUCAAUUAUCUUCACUUGCAGAAACCCAAUGCUCUUAUUCAUAGAGAUGUUAGCAGUCCUAAUAUACUGCUUGACAACAUAGGGCCAGCUAAAUACAGAGCAAAGGUUUCUGAUUACGGUUCAUUUGCUAUGGCUGUAGAUUCUCAGACGGAAAGGCCAGGAAGCAUAGCAUAUUCUGCACCAGAAGCUUUCAAUCCUAAUGAGCAUACACCAGCAAUGGAUGUCUAUAGCUUUUGCGUACUACUAAUAGAAAUGAUUAUAAACAAAGCACCAGAAACAACCGUAAAAGAAAGGAGAGAGCAAGCCUUAAAAAUUGCAGGAUGGACAGUAAUGAAGAACCUAGUGCAGAGAGGCAUCAAUGAGAAAAAGGAAUUUCGCCCAAAAAUGGCUGAAAUAAUCAAAGAAUUAAAGCAAAUGGAAAGUCAGCGAUUGAGAUAACUAUAUACUCUUUUACAGCACAUAUUGCACACUUGUUUCACACAUAUACUAGCACAUU